AUGGCUUCUUCUGCUUCCUCCAGUACAAUCGCUUCUCCGGCGACAAAUAACAGCAGGUACGACGUUUUCAUAAGUUUUAGAGGCGAAGAUACUCGCUUCUCUUUUACCGAUCAUCUCUACGAGGCGUUAGUGGGAGCAGGAAUUAGAACAUUCAGAGACGAUGAUUCAACCAAUAGUGCUGCAGAUCUGAAACCCGAAAUAGAAAGAGCAAUCACAGCAUCUAGGGCUUCAAUAGUUGUAUUGUCAAAAAAUUAUGCAAAUUCAACAUUGUGCCUUGACGAGCUUGUGUUGAUCAUGGAACGAAGAAAGACCUUUUAUCAUAUAGUUAUCCCUGUUUUUUACCACGUUGAUCCCUCUCAUGUUAGAGAACAAGAAAAUAGUUUUUCCUUAAAAGUCAACACCGAUGUCGAAGGGUUCCAAAUGAAGGUGGAACGGUGGAAGGCAGCCCUUACAGAGGUUGCUAAUUUGGAGGGCAAGGUUCUUACUGGGCCUGAAACAAAGUUUAUAGCAGAUAUUGUUAGCACAAUUGGCCAUAAGCUACGUCUCAAAUUAGUUUCUACUCCACCACAUCUAACUGGAAUGGACACACGAGCUGAAGCUAUAAAUUUUUGGGUGAAAGAUAAACAAGAUGCUGAAGUUCUUACAAUUUGUGGCAUGGCAGGAAGUGGAAAGACAACACUGGCCAAAUAUAUAUACGAAUCCAACUUGUUAAAGUUUGAAAGCAGUAGUUUCCUUGAAGACAUUGGAAAGAUCUGUGAACAACCUUAUGGUUUAUGUGCACUACAAGAACAACUUCUUGCAGAUAUUUUAGAGGAGAAGAAAAAAGAACUCGAUGUUACUCGGUAUAAAAGUCAGAUUGAAAACGUGUUACAAAAGAAACGAGUGCUUAUUGUUCUUGAUGACAUUGACAAAAAGGAACAACUAGAAGCUUUACUUGGAUCUGAAAAGAUUAAUACAGAAAGCAAGAUUAUCAUCACAAGUAGGCUUCCAACUAUACAGACAUGGUUUAUGUCUACAUAUUUAAAAUGUAAAGAGCAUAAACUCGAGUUAUUAAACGAACAUGAAUCAUUAGAGCUUUUAAGUUGGUAUGCUUUUGGAUCCAAAAUCCCCAUGGAAGGUUUCAAGGAGCUUGCAUCACAAGCAGCAGAAUAUUGUUCAGGAAAUCCAUUGGCUCUUAAACUACUCGGUUCUUUAUUUGUUAAUUCUAAAGAUCCAAGAAAAAGAAACAACAUAGAUUUUUGGAUAAGUACAUUGAAUUUGUUGGAAAGAGAUCCUGAUUAUAGAAUACAAGGGAUACUCAGAAUGAGCUAUGAGUAUUUGCCAUUUUUGACUUACAGAGAGUUGUUUUUGCAUAUUGCUUGUUUCUUUAUUGGUGAAGAUGAAGAUUAUGUGGUGAAGAUAUUGGAGCCUGAUUAUUGUGCAACAGCUGGGAUUCCAGAAGCAUUUGAGGCAGAUUCACUUGCAAAAAUGGAUAAUCUAAAGUUGCUUCAGCUCAAUUAUGUGGAAUUAAGUGGAUCAUAUGAUGAUUUUCCAGAAGAUUUAAGAUGGUUAUGUUGGCAUGGAUUUCAAUUAGGAACAAUUCCUUCUGAUUUCUUCAUGGGAAAUUUGGUUGCUAUAGACAUGAGUUACAGCAGAUUGCAGCUCUUUGAACCACCCAUGGUAAUUAAACCAUUGAAGAUUCUAAACUUCAAAGACUCACACAGUCUCCUCAAAAUCUGCAACAUCUCCAGACUUCCUAAUCUUGAGACUUUGAUUCUUUGGAACUGUUACAGUUUAGUUCAUGUUUGUGACACCAUUGAAGACUUAAAAAGUCUUUCUCUUUUAAACAUGACAGGAUGUGAACACCUCUUAAAAGGCUCAAAUCUUAAGUUUCCACAUUCAUUAGAGCGAAUAUGGCUUAAAAAUUGCAACAUUGACUUUGAGCUUAGUGAUUACUCAAUAUUGAGCUUCCAAAUCCACUCGAUGUUGCAGUAUUUGCAUUUGGGGAAUAAUUUGUUUGAGUUUUUGCCUGAUUACAAUCAUCUUAAGAGUUUAAGGGUUCUUGAGUUGAGUUUUUGUUCAAGACUUAAGAGAAUUGAGUGUCUUCCGAAUACGUUAGAAGAGUUGUUUACUACUUGUUGUGAGUUGUUGGAGAAUAUAAGUUUUCAAUCACAUCGGUUUGCAUUGAGGGAGUUUGAUUAUGAAGGUUGUAUUAAUUUGUUGGAAGUUGAAGGGCUUUUGAAAUUGGUGCCAAUUUUGAGAAUUGAUGAAAGGGAUUUGGGACAUAUGAAGUGGCUUAAAGAUUAUCAAGAUCUUGAGGUUUCCUUAAUUGGUGAUUAUCAGCUUACAUCAGGCAGAAGUCACCAUAUCCAGAUGUUAUAUGAAUUCGGGAUCACAAGCACAUUUCUCCCAAACAUAACCAAUCCAAACAUAACACACGACUACAUCUCCCAAUCCUCAUCCUUAUCCUUCACCAUACCUCCAUCUCCUAAAACUCUCAAAGGCCUCAACAUAACAUUCAAAUACACAAUCACCGAAGAAAAACACCAACACAACCAACCAAUUUUCGCUAAAAUCACCAACACAACAAAGGGUCUCGAUUUAAUCUACAACCCAAUGGUAUUUGGUAAACCUAAAUUCAAUGAAGUUGCAGUAUGGUUAAGCUAUUGGUCAAUGGGAAACCUAUUAGACAUUGGUGAUAAAGUCAACGUGUGUUUCAUUGUGGAAAAUGGAUUGGAAGUGCAUGAAUGUGGUGCAAAGCUUGUGUAUGCUAAUGAAGAUGAUGACAUGGAAAAUAACAUGGAAUGGGAAGAGAGUCUUUUGGGAGAUCUUUCUAGAUUUAAGCUAAGCACAGACACGUAUUAUUUAUGUCGGCGUGAUUUUUUUAAGUCUAUGGAGGUUGAUGGGCCCACACCGAGUUGGUUUAGGGAUUCGGUUGGGUAUAAAAUUGAUUAUACAGAGAUACAAGGAUGGAGAAAAACUGGUAGGUCUCAGAAGCCAUAAGCGUGAUUUUCAUGUGUGGAAACUUUGGUAGAUUUAUAUUAGUUAUCCCAUUUAUAAAUGGGUUGAUUGUCUUAAAUAUAAUGUCACAAGAAAAAAAAAAAUUAACAGUACUUUGUAAUAGGAAAUAAAUGAAAGUAUAAUGGCGUAAUAUAAGAAUGAGUAAAUUACAUAAAUAGUCCCUGUGGAAUAGUUGAGUUGAC